CUAGGCCACGGACUACACUUCCCACAGGCCUCUGCGCCGUUUCGGGCUUCCUUGGCCCUGUGGGCUCAGAGAGAUGUGACUUAAUCUGGACUCUCCAAGAGAGAAAUCUUGAAAAGAACUGGUCAGUUCUUGCAGUUUGAAAACCAUGGCCUGUGAUUCAGUGACAUUUAGGGAUGUGGCCAUAGACUUCUCACAAGAAGAAUGGGAAUUCUUGGACUCCUCCCAGAGAGACUUGUAUAGGGAUGUGAUGUGGGAGAAUUAUAGCAACUUCAUCUCACUAGGACCUUCUAAUUCUAAACCAGAUGUGAUGAACUUAUUGGAUGAAGGGAAGGAUCCGGUGGUUGUGAGGGAAGGGACAAGAGGACACUGCCCUGAUUUGGAAUCAAAAGACAGGAUCAGUACUUUUUCUCCAGAAAAGGACAUUUAUGAAAUAUAUUCGUUCCAAUGGGAACUUAUGGAAAGAAUGAAAAAUUAUAGCCUUCAGAUCUCUAUCUUUAGAAAUGACUGGGGAUGCAAAAAUAAGGUUGAACAGCAAAAAGAACCACAAGAAGGAUAUUUUGGGCCAAUGAAAAUUAAUUCUGAAAAAAUGAUCACUUUCAAAAAGCAUAAUUUUCUUGCUGAGUAUCAAAUAAUUCAUAAUGGGGAAAAGUUAUAUGAAUGUAAGGAAUGCAGAAAGACCUUUAUUCGUCGCUCAACGCUUAGUCAACAUCUAAGAAUUCAUACUGGUGAGAAACCUUACAAAUGUAAGGAAUGUGGACAGGCCUUUAGACAGCGUGCACACCUUAUUCGACACCACAAACUUCAUACAGGUGAGAAGCCCUAUGAAUGCAAGGAUUGUGGGAAGUCCUUCACAGUGCUCCAAGAACUUACUCAACAUCAGAGACUUCAUACAGGUGAAAAGCCCUAUGAAUGUAAGGAGUGUGGAAAAGCCUUUAGAGUACAUCAGCAGCUUGCUCGACAUCAGCGAAUUCACACUGGCGAGAAACCCUAUGAAUGUAAGGAAUGUGGGAAGACCUUUAGGCAAUGUACACACCUUACUCGGCAUCAGCGACUUCACACUUCUGAGAAGCUCUAUGAGUGUAAGGAAUGUGGGAAAGCCUUUGUAUGUGGUCCAGAUCUUAGAGUCCAUCAGAAAAUUCAUUUUGGUGAGAAGCCCUAUGAGUGUAAGGAAUGUGGAAAGGCUUUCAGGGUAUGCCAACAUCUUACUAUCCAUCAGAGUAUUCAUACUGGUGAGAAACCUUAUGAAUGUAAGGAAUGUGGGAAAACUUUUAGAUUAAGGCAACAGCUUGUUCGUCAUCAGAAAACUCAUGAGAAACCUUAUGAAUGUAUGGAAUGUUGGAAGACCUUCAGUAGUUACUCACAACUUAUUUCACAUCAGAGCAUUCAUAUUGGUGAGAGACCUUAUGAAUGUGAAGAAUGUGGGAAGGGCUUUAGGCUUCUCUCACAACUUACUCAACAUCAAAGUAUUCAUACUGGUAAGAAACCCUUUGAGUGUAAGGAAUGUAGAAAACCUUUUAGACUGCUCUCACAACUUACUCAGCAUCAGAGUAUUCAUACUGGUGAAAAGCCUUAUGAAUGUAAGGAAUGUGGGAAGGCUUUUAGACUUUAUUCAUUUCUGACUCAACACCAGAGGAUUCACACUGGUGAAAAACCCUACAAAUGUACAGAGUGUAAGAGAGCCUUUAGACAACAUUCACAUCUUACUAAACAUCAGAAAAUCCAUAAUUGAAUUUAAUACAAGAAGGUCUUCAAAUGUGUGUUGUUAUAUCAAGAAAUUGAUGUUUUGUGAAAUUUUGUAUUGUGUUCACUACUAAGCAUAACAAGUUUUAUAUUGCAGAAAAAAAUAUGUUGCUUUAAAAAGGCCUUUCAUUGAUAUUUACCAUUGCUUAGCCUCAGAAAAUUCAUUUGAGGAUAUAAUGAAUGUUGGGAAAUUUCUUUUUUUAAAAAAAAAGAAUUUAUUUAUUCAUGAGAAAGACAGGUGGGGAGAGAGAGGAAGAACCAGAAAUCAUUCUGGUACAUGUGCUGCCAGAGAUUGAACUCAGGACCUCAUUGUUGAGAAUCCAAUGCUCUAUCCAAUGUACCAUAUCCUGGACCACAGUAUAAGAAAAUUUCUAGCCUUAUCUGUCUCAUUUUCUUUAUUUUUCCCAGUGUUGGACAAGGUCCCUAAAUUUCUGUGCCUCACUUUUGCUCACUUGUAAAAUAGUGGUAAUAGUAUAAAUGUAUAUUAGUUAUUUAUUGUUGUGUAAUAAAUUACUGAAAAUCUAGUAACUUAAUACCCAUGUGUUAUACCAUAGCUGCACUAUAGGUCAGAAGUCUGGACAUAGUUGGUUUCCCUGCUUCAGGAGCUCAUACAAUGCUAAAAAAAUUGUUGUGUUUUUUUCCUAGAGCUGUGUCUACUUUGAAGUCUGAACUGGUGAUGAGAGGGCUCCAUUUCCAUGGUUGUUAACUAAAUUCAUUUUCAUGAGGGUUGUUGCACUGAGGUUCGUAGUUCCUAGCUGACUUUUGGUUUAAGGUUGAUCUCAGUCCCUUUGCAGUUGUUUGCUUCAUCAGUGUGAAAGCCAAGAAGGUGUUAAGAGCCUGCUAGCCUCAUAGAAGUUAUAAUUUUUUGUACUCUGAUCACUAAAGGAACAUCCUAUCAUCUUUCAUGUCUUCUACUGGUAAAAAGCAAGUUCCUAAGUUUCUCUCCAUUCAAGGAAUGAAAAUGACACAAAAGUAUGAGUACCAGGAGGCAAAGAUUUGGUGGGGGAUGAAUUCAGCAUCAGCCUACCACACUGUGUGAUAGGAUUGCUUUAUGGGUUAAGUAGUUGAUUACUUGGAAAAACAGCAUCCACAUAGCAUGAUUUUUGUAAAUGUUAUCUGUCAUCAUUAGUGAAUAAUUUUAGUGAGUUCAUGUCAAGGGAAUAUUCUGUGGAGUAAUAAAUGUAGAAUGAUUCUUGUAAUUGUUACUUAUCUAUAAAAUUUAAGGUUAUUUAUUGUGGAUUAACUCUGGGAGGUUAUAUUGAAACAAUCCUUGUCAUUUGAGCUGCAUCAGAAAUUAGAGCUGAGAAGAAGCAGUUUUAUGAAUUUUAUGUAUGUGAGGUUACUAAAAGUACAACUAUUGAAGAAACAUGAAAAUGAAAUUAUUUCCCUAAAUUCCAAAACAAAUGUUUUAUAAUGUUUUGUCUGAAAAUUGUUCAAGAUAAACUAUCAUAACAAAGGGCGAAGGGUAGACAACAUAAUGGUUAUGUAAACAGACUCUCAUGCAUGAGGCUCCAAAGUCCCAGGUUCAGUCCCCUGCACCACCAUACACCAGAGCUGAACACUGCUCUGGUAAAAAAAAAAAAAAAAAAAAAAAAAGAGAGAAAGAGAGAGAAAACAAACACCCACUGGCAAUAAAUGAAAUUUAAAAAAACUAUCAAAAGAAAGCAAAAAAGGCCACUAGCUACAUGGAAAUUUAAUAUUGUAUGUGUGUGUGUGUGAGAGAGAGAGAGAGAGUGUGUGUCUGUGUAAAACUUGUAUAAAACAAGGAAAACAUCACUCCAAUGUAGUUAGUGUACUUGUUGAUAUCAAAUUGCUCUGUCUUCAAUAAGAGUUGCAUCUUUUGACAUGCCACUAGUAAUUUUGACAUUUUAUUUGAUUAUGAAUGCACGCUUAGAACUGCUUUGGAAGAUACUUGGACACUUAUGGAUCAUUCUAAAAAUAGAUAAGGGAGAAAAUAAGCCACUUGUUUUGAUUUUUUCCUUAUGAACCAGAGUUUAGGGCCACCAAAAGGCUCAUCAAGUUAGUGGUUUUUUUUAUUUUUAUUUUUUUUUAGAGAGAAAUGGAGAAAGGAGGGGAAGACAGAGAGGGGGAGAGAAAGAUAGACACCUGCAGACCUGCUUCCCCACCUGUGAAGCAACUCCCCUGCAGGUGGGGAGCCGGGGGCUCAAACUGGGAUCCUUAUGCCAGUCCUUGCGCUUUGCGCCACGUGUGCUUAACCCACUGUGCUAGAGCCCAACUCUCUUUUUUAAAAUUUUUUUAUAAGUGGGGAUUAAUACAGUGCAUAUAUAUAUAUAUAUUUGUAAUUUGGUAGGACAAAUAAAUUGAAAUGGAGAGAGGAGAUAAAGAGAGUUAGAGAGAUAGAUGCCUGCAGCACUACUUCAACACUCAUGAAGCUUCCCCCAUAUAUGUAGGGACCAGGAACUUAUGCACUUAAUUAGAUGUGCCACUUCCUGGUCCCCCAUGUUUUGUUUGUUUGUUUUGUUUUUGAUUGUUUUAACAAACGUAACCACUAGAUACAGAGAAUUUUUAAACAUAAUUUUCUACUCCCCAGUGGAAAUUAUGGGUCCAGAAAAUAAUCUUUGAAUAGUUAACCUACUAGAUGAAAGGGUUUUUUAAAAAAAAUAUUUAUUUGUUUUCCCUUUUGUUGCCCUUUUUAUUGUUGUUGUAGUUGUUGUUAUUGAUGUCAUCAUUGUUGUAUAAGAUAGAGAGAAAUGGAGAGAGGAGGGGAAGACAGAGCAGGAGAGAAAGACACCUGUAGACCUGCUUCACCACUUGUGAAGCAACUCCCCUACAGGUGGGGAGCCGGGGGCUCGAACCGGGAUCCUAGGCCGUUCCUUGGGCUUCACGCCAUGUGCGCUUAUCCCGCUGCUACUGCCCCACUCCCUAGAUGAAAGGUUUUAUAGUAAGAAACUUACAGAGAAUUUAUCAAACCAAAAGUCAUUUGGUCAAUUUUAAUUUCUAUAAAAGUGGGACUAUCACACAAUAUGCAAUUCUUAUAUAUUCUGAUAUAAUGUAAUAGAUAGCACAUGUCUCUACCUUUGAAACUUUGUUGCCAAAAUAGUGAAUUUUCAAGAAUUUAUUUAUUUAUUCAUGAGAAAGAUAGGAAAGAGAGAGAACCAGACUUCACUCUGGUACAUGUGCUGCUGGGGAUUGAACUUGCGACCUCAUGGCUGAGAAUCCAGUAUUUUAUCCACUACGCCACCUCCUGGA